UCUGGAGCAGUCCUCCAGACUCGUCGUCGCCUGCUGCUAGUCUCCCUCACUACCCUCACCCUCCUCCAUUAUUGCGACCUCCUAGCCCCCGAUUGGGAUUCCUCUUCACUCUCUCCCUCUUGCUCCUCUCCCCAUCGUCUUCUCCCGUGUGGUGGGGACCGGCAAUGCUUUCUUAUCCACUGGCUGGACCGGGGAUUCUUUGUCGUAAUGAUCAUGAUACUUAAUUGAUGGUUCCCGCCAUUCUUCCGUCGAUCCCGUCCUUUUGUCUCCUUCCAUACUUAUCUUUAUCUACUACUUACGUCCCUCGGCUCAGCCUUAUUUCCAUCUCGGUUGGAACGAGCACCUGCGGGAGCUCCACUAGCACUUUGUAUGUCAUUGUCCUUGUCACUACUUUUCACCCGCACGCACCCCCCUUCCUACCUGCCGGUCCCCUGCUCUCUCUGGAAGCAUCCCCCAAGGCUCCCUGCAUUGAGAUCGUCACCGCUGUACCCUCCUUAGCAUUUCUGUGCCCCCUCCCCAUUAUCGUAUUGCAGCACGCGUCACUGCAGUCGACAAUGUUGAGACCCAACCAUUCAUUCACUAUAGCCUCUUCUCGUGGACACCGCACCGUUCCUGAACUGCCAUUACGAGGCACUGCCCGAUUAGGGCUGGCAUCUCAGCUUUCAGCUUUCCUCCAGCAUCCAGGGACACCCUGAAUUCGCAUGCGCCUUAUCAUCGGAGCCUGGACCCUCAUUCCUGAUUCUCCACAUCCCGUCCUACCUUCCCCUCCGAACAUUCCGCGGGGACGAACAGAUAAAUCCAAUACCUGAGCCCUUU